CCAGCAAUCCCUCCACCCCCUCUCCGAACGCUCUGCGCCUCCGCCCUUUCGGUCUCCUAUUUCCGCCCUUUCUCAACCUCACAAUGGCUUCCGGCUUCGGUAACAACGGCGGUCCCUCCCGCUGCUACAACUUCUGGCAAGAGGUCUUGGGUUGCUAUGUGGUCAACUCAGCCGAGGGUGAGGUUGGCAAGAAGAAGUGUCUGCCUGCCUUGGAGGAUUACCACGAGUGCCUGCACCACAAGAAGGAGAUCAUGCGCACGAUGAAGAUGCAGGCUGCCUACCGCAAGGCGGAGGCCGCCCACCCCCGCGACAAUGCGCCCAAGGCCGAACAGAUCCGCAGCCUAGGACUGCUAGGGAAGGAAGAAGAGUCGGCUGCGUUCUUGACACGGGCAUGAGAGGCAUGUGGUGCGCAUUUAGGGAGUGUGGAUUUCAUGUUGAUUGUUUCAAUUACUACCAAGAUUCUGCUGGUUUGUUUAUCCUUUCUGUCUGUUCAUCACUGCGAGGUCCUUCACUGUAUAGAAAUGGACAAUUUUCCUUUUUGUGCCUGCCGGGUUUGUGUUGGGUCCAAGCUUGAGGUCGGCAAUGACAAUGGUCGCUCUUCAUCCAUGAUGAUGAUGACGAUGACAGCACAUCCGAAUUCCGGCAAUUGAUGGUGACAUAUCUAGAUGGCACUGUUUGUCAUUGGUCGGACCCCGACUAAUGCUGUGUGUAGUUCCGGGGGAUCAAUUCUAUUUGGCAUGUGUUAUAGUCAAGAGGUAUAUUGACAAGACAAAGAAACGGCG